GUCUCGCUCCACGACUCUUUACAUCAUACGUUCUCACCAGUGUCUACACACACCAUCACCGCUCACCUGGGACGAUGGAGCGCUGGCCUCCCUGGCUCACUCUGGUCCUGAUUAGUGUAUCAACACUGUGCCAAGAUAGCAAGGCACAGUUACAAUCAGCAUUCACCAUUGACUGGGUGAAGCUGACCCUUCUGCCAAACAUCACAGUGGAGCACGGCACCAAUGUGACACUGCGCUGUGAGGCCAAGGUCAGCCACAGCUACUCUCAGCUCAUACACACCUUCACCUUCAUGCUGGACAGCAACGUGAUCUACUCCAAAAACAGCAGUGAGGCCGUGGUGGAACGCAGCUUAACUCCAGCCAGAGCCUCCAACUCAGGCAAUUACAAAUGCCGUGUCAACAUCCACAACAAGAAGCGGACCAGCAAUUUCCAGAAACUGACCGUUGAAGGCUUGCAGCCUCCACAGUUGAAGGUACGGCCUGAUGUCGUGUAUGAAGGUGAUGAGAUUUCGGCCACAUGCAGCGCCCCAGAGGAGACUGGCAGCCUGUACUUCUACUUCUACAAUAAUGGUCAAGAAUUACCAGUACCUUCCAGCACCAACUCAGUGACCACUACCAUAGAGGUCAAGGAGAGAGAAAACUAUCUGCACUGUAACUACAGGCUUGUAAUGCAAUUCAGAGAGGUCUUUUCCAACAACAGCAACACUGUGAAAGUCAUUGUGCAAGAUUAUAAUAUUACUUCUUCAAUAAGGAUUCGGCCUGAUAAGAAUGUUGUGGAGGGGGACCGAGUGUAUGUUAGUUGUAAUGUAUCAGGUUACCCCCAAACUGACCUUGAAAUCUUCCUGAUCAAAAACAACCUGCUACAUUACGGCCAUGCAUCGUUCACCUACAGCUUUGACGCGACUGUCAAAGACUCUGGAGAGUAUGUGUGUAAAGUGGAAACGGGCAAAGUGCAGAAGAUCUCCACAGACAAACUAGUCGUAGCAGAGUUGUUUUCGAUGCCUGUUCUGAGCAUGACUCCAGAGCAGGUUUUUGAAGGACAGUCGUUCUCUCUGAGCUGUUCGAGUUCCAUGAAGUUCCAACAAAGAAUCAAUCACACAGACGUGAAGUACACCCUGUAUAAAAACCAGCACCCUCUAAAGACAGGACAAAUCUUCAAAUAUACAGCAACCCAAGCCACGAAUGGGAAUUACACCUGUAUGGCUGAGGCUAAGGGCAUCAAAAAAAACAGCAAACAGCUGAUUAUUAAUGUUAAAGUGCCUGUCUCGACCCCAGUCAUCCGUACAGUUGGAGAGGUGAUAGUAAAGCGGCCAUUUCAGAUUCUGUGCGAGAGCAUGCAGGGAACACUGCCAAUCAACUACACCUUACUGAAGUCCCAGAGCCAACUGUCCCAGAAGACCACAACCGGACCUCUUCGCAGAGCUCUGUUCAAUAUUACUUCUAUAAAUCAAAAAGAUGAGAUCCACAGCUUCAAAUGCCAGGCUGAGAAUGGAGCAGGAAACAGCGAACUCAGCCAAGCCCUCACUUCAGCAGUCAAAGAACCUGUGUCCAAGCCGAAGCUGACCCUUUCCCCUGAGGACCACACAGUCACAGAGAAGAAGAAUGUCACUCUCUUCUGUAGUGUCAAAGAGGGCACUGUGCCAGUGACCUUCAGCUGGUACCGCAAAGGGACAACCCAACCCCUCUUCUUGAAACCCUUCAACCACACUAAAGGAGAGUAUGAGAUCUCGUCCUUUAAGCGAGAAUUUAGAGGAACGUACUACUGCGAGGCUUUCAAUGAUGCUAACGAGACCAAGAGGAGUGAUGAUGUCAGUAUUACAGUGAACUUGGCAGGCUGGAAGAAGGUUGUCAUUGCUGUGAUUUGCAUCUUGAUUUUGGUGCUCAUUGUCACCAUUCUUGUCCUUUUCCUGAAGAAAACAGGAGCACCCCGCAAAAGAAAAAGGGCAGUAGAUUUGUCCGUAAAGUCGGCACGCCCUAAAUCUAAUGACCCCAUGAGGAUGAGCCUCACGCUUGACAUUGAGGACAACACUGCUUUCAAUUCCUCUCCUGGUGUCAUGGGCAGGAAUGUGUGGAGUGAGGAUGUGUCAGACUCAGAAAAUGAAGAUCCGAGCAGGGAGGAGGAGUCUAAGGAGCUGCAAUACACUGAGAUGAAUCCCCAACAGACAGUGGACGAUGAAGAAGCUCCCAUGCAAGAAUCAGUUGCAAUGAAUGGUGAGGUCCAGGACUGUACACAAGGUGCCACAGAUGAAGGAGCCUCAGAUUCCGCUGUGGAGUACGUCCAGCUUAAUCAUGGCGAACCGGACCCUGAGUAGACCCCCGUCUCCACCAGAACCUCCACCAGCACUCUUCCACAAUGUAAUUACACAGCUAACUUAUUCCACUUCCACUCCAGCUGCAGUGGCCCACGAAAGAGGACGCUCUGCCACGGUAUAUUUUCUGGGACAGUUUUGUAUAUGUGUUGAUUAAGUGGUCACACAAGUGUUGAUGUUGAGAUUGUGACACUGUUUGUAUAGCUGAGAAUAAAGCUUGCACAAAAUCAA